CAAAUUCACAACCACAGACCUCAGGGCUAAGCAGCGUUCUUGGUUCCAUCGCCAUUGCUUCACUAUGUCGAAAUUAACAAAAGAAGGCCUCGCGGCUUUGCUCGCUGGGCUCGGCGCAGAUGCGAUCCCAGCUGCCGCUGAUCUCCCCGCUGUGCACAUCCAAAGUCGACCAACCGACAUCUAUCGUGCGUAUGUCGUCGAUAUCCUGGCAAAAGCAACCGAUUGCGAAACCUCACUCAUCUGCGACGCCGUACAAUCGUCGAAUACGCUUCCCCACGGUGACUUUUUAUUGACGGUACCCCGUUUGCGAAUCAAGGGAAAGAAGCCAGACGAGCUGAGCGCCGAGCUUGCGGCGAGCUUUGAUGGACAUCCGCUGCUUCAAAAGCCGGUGCCUAGCGGGAUCCAUCUACCGAUCUUCUUCGCUCCACGAUCUCUCCCACGACUCCUCCUCCCGUAUAUUUUCCAGCGAGGCAAUUAUUACGGACAUGACUCGGUCGUUGGCCUCCGCGACCCAUCCGCGCCCCAUCUCGGCCGCAAGAAGGUCAUCGUCGAAUUCUCAUCGCCCAACAUCGCCAAGGAGUUCCAUGCGGGGCAUCUGCGCAGCACCAUCAUUGGUGCCUACAUCGCGAACCUGUACAAGAGCAUGGGCUGGGAUGUGGUCAAGGUAAACUAUCUCGGCGACUGGGGCAAGCAGUUUGGCCUUCUCGCCGUCGGCUGGGCACGCUUCGGAUCCGAGGCAGAGCUGGCUCGCGCGCCCCUCAAUCACCUGCUCAGUGUCUACGCUCGUAUCAGUGCCCUCUUCAAGCCGGAACAAGACGCCAGCAAGCGCGCCCGUGACCAAGGUCUUGACACCGCCGAGAUUGAAUCGCAAGGGCUAUUCGCCGAGCGCAACGCCUUCUUUUCCCGUGUGGAAAAUGGAGACCUGGAGGCAGUUGCGUUGUGGGAGCGCUUUCGCCGCAUCAGCGUCCAACAGUACGAGUUGAUGUAUUCCCGUCUCAACAUCGAAUUUGAUGUGUAUUCUGGAGAGUCACAGGUUCAAACUACCUCCAUGGAAGCAGUGGAGAAUCUCCUUUGGGAGAAGGGUGUGUACGAAGAGAGAAAUGGGUCAUGGGUGAUCGAUUUCGAGAAGCACGGCUCUAAAGGCCUUGGCUUUGUUGUCGUGCGUGGACGCACAGGAACCACUACCUACCUCUUGCGAGAUGUUGCUGCCGCGAUUGAACGAGAGCAACUGUACAAAUUCGACAAGAUGAUCUAUGUCGUCUCCACGGAGCAGGACCUUUACUUCAAGCGUCUCUUCAAAACCCUUGAACUCAUCGGGCGCGCAGAUCUGGCUUCCUGCUUGCAGCACAUCAACUUUGGCAAGGUGGAGGGCAUGUCUUCGCGACUCGGCAAUGCCAAGUUGCUUGGUGACAUUCUCGACCAAUCCAAUGAAGCAAUGCACGAAGUGAUGCGCCGCAAUACCCAGAAAUACGCCCAGGUUGUCAAUCCGGGGGCGGUUGCUGAAGCUGUAGGCAUCUCCGCAGUCAUGGUGCAGGACAUGUCGGGCAAACGUAUCCACAACUACGAGUUCGACAUGGCUCGGAUGACGUCCUUUGAGGGCGACACUGGUCCUUACUUGCAGUAUUGUCACGCCCGUCUAAAUUCCAUUUUGCGCAGGGCAGAACUCACCAGCGGGGAUCUUGCUGCCUACCUGGCUGACAACCCAGUCGCGCUGGAAACAGAUCUCGCCGAGAAACAGCAUUGCGUCGACCUUUUGCGAUUGAUGGCCCAGUACCCCGAUGUUACCGCCACGGCCCUGGGGAACCUUGAACCAUCCACGAUAUUAACCUACUUGUUUCGUUUGGCACACCAGCUCUCGUCCUGCUAUGACGUGUUGCAGGUUGUGGGUGCUGAAGGAGGUCGAAACGUGAUGCUUGCCCGUGCGGCCCUUUACGAGGCAGCUCGUCAAGUGUUGGAGAAUGGGAUCAAGUUGCUUGGGCUGAGCCCUGUCGAGAGGAUGUGAUGCUGAACUUCGGCCAUGGUAGAGGAUUUCUGAAUGAUUAAUGGCGCUUGGUAGGGAGUAGUUCGGGUUAUUAUGGAGAAAUGCGGGUUAGACAUGGGAAUUUUUAGCGUCUUACAUAGUGUUCUCUUUCGUG